ACUGUCACUAGUGUCACUGUCAAAUCCCAACCAUUCCGGGGAUGAAAUCAUUACACCAAAAAAUGUUAUUUAUACGAUAAAUUACUAAAAACCACAAUAGAAAUAACAUGUAAAUAUGGCAGACAAACUAAGACAAAUAGCGCAAAGGCUGAAAGACAAAGUGCAUUUACCAAAUGUAGCGAAUGGCCGCGACACUGUUUUUGCGAAAUAUACACCGACGACCAGAGUUUCAGACAUAGCGGAUAAGUUUAAAUACGAUACGGUAUCGAAGAAUUUCCGAGACAUUGUAUCCAGAUAUGAAAAAUUCACGGGAGUGUCAGAAAUUAUGGCUUUACAGAAAACUGUUGUGGAUGCGCAGGAAAAAUUCAUGGCAGCUCAGGAUAGAAGACGGGACCUUGGCCGGCAGGUCGCCAGUGUGGAGAUGAGGCUGAAAGAACUGCAUUCAGAGAUGCAGAAUACCAUGAAAGGGGACGACAAGUACUUACAUCUCUGUACUGAAGAGCAUAAGCUUAUAGUACAAGAGCGAGCCCUCCGCGCGUUAUUCGGCGACGCGGAACGUGAGGAGAGGGAACUGUUCGCCACCAUGUCGGCCGCGGUGAAGCUGGGACACGAGCGGGAGAGGGCGCACGCCGAGCGGAACAAGUACUGGUACAUUGUCGCUUCUAUAUUGGGCACAGUCCUGGGUAUAGCGGGUUCCUCGAUCAACAACCACCUGAAGAUGUCGGAGUUCCGCGAGAUGAUGGAACAGCAGAUGGCCCGGUCUGCCAGCGUGCUGUAUACCAUCGCCGGCGGGGGCUCCGCCGCCCGGCCUGACAUUACUGAGGCCAUGAAGACUGAGUUCGCUUACCAGGACAAUCUGGCGAACAACUUGAAGACAAUGCAGGAACAUAUAAACAGUCUAGUCUCUACACAGGAGUCUUUGAUACAACAUAUACACCGUCGGGAGAAGACAGUGGACACUCAACUCCUGGACCUUACUCGCGCCAUCGUAGCCGCCUCCCAGUCCAGCCAAAAGUCUGAUGCUGAGAUCACAAAAGCCUUAUCAGCUGUUCACCAUGACCUUGAAGAUGCUGACCAGAUCAAGGAGUUGGACAAAAAUAAGGUCCUUCUAGAACCCAAUCAGAUUCUAACUGGCGUUGGUAUACUAAUGGCAAUGGCGAUUAUAUUAGGCAAUAUCAUUGGGCGCGUCAGUUGAAUUUGUGUUUUUUGAAUUUAUUUGUAUACAUACAGGCCCCUAAAGUCUACGUCAAAGUCAAAGUUAAAAUUAUUUAUUUCAAUUAGACCAGGAAGGCACUUUUGAACGUCAAAGCAAAUAUAAUAAUAUUAAUAACGUCUGUCUGUCGGUCAGUCCUCUAGUGAAGCUAUUUGCUCGUUCCAAAGUGUAGAUUCCUAUGGAGAAGAACGAGCAAGAAACUCCAUAGGUUACUUUUUCAAUCAGGUUCACAAUACAAUUGGGUACUAUCCUCGGUCAAAAAUAAAUUAUUACAACUUUUCAAUACAAUAAAAUAUUAAAAAAUAAUCACACUCUCAUUCAUAAAUUUGAUGAACUAUUUAAUUUUCGAUUUUUUCUAGCUAAAUUUCUAGAAAUAAGUCUGCUAUUUGACGUCAAAAACUUAUGACGUCAUAACGUACUAUUUCAUACAAAGUUCAUAGAAAAUAUCGUUUUUGACGUUUCGAAAAAAGUAUUGAAUUUGACUAGUAGGAAAGUAGCCUAUUCUUGGUUACAUUGUUUUGAUUGGCAAAUUGGCGUUGAAAUGUCACCAGGUGAUCUGCGCGUUCGGCGUUCUGAUUGGCCGGCUCGAAUGAACCAACCAAUCACAGCGAACGAGCUCGCGUUUCGAUUACUUUAAAAGUAAAGCAAACUCAUCACCUGAUUCCACUUGGAUGCAGAUUUCAGGGACCACUUGUAUGUAGUGAGGUUCCUGCAUUUUAUUUAUGUGGUGAAAUAUUAUACCCUAUGCGCUGUAACAAGGUGCGGCUGACAAAUUCAGUAACGUUUCGUAUCUCUCUUGAAAGUUGCUGCGAUUUAAAAAUUACGCCUUAAUAUUUUAGCUGUAUCACAUUCGUAUUAUGUUAAAUCAUUCGGAAGCGUAGUUAAUUAAAUUAAAACCAACCGGAAUGUUCUAGUAUUUAAUUAAAAUCUAAUGAAAUGAAAAAUAAUGUAGUGUUAUGCGUAUAACGUAAAGCCAUAGUCGUGUUUAGUGAUGGGAUGUACUGCUACGAUGGAUAGGUAGUCGAUGUUUUUUUAGAAUAAAAAACGAAAAUCGUGCGUCGUUUAAUUAUAGUUCUUCAAAAACCUUUAAUUAUGUGGGUAAAUCUACUGUAGACGCGACUCUCUCUGCCCAAACCACAGUGACAUUAUCUGAGCAGAAAUAUGUAGUAGGCAUUUUUUCUAGACAUUUCCGACGCCAUUGAUAAUGCGUGGUGGUACUUAAUCUUACAUAUACAAACUAAUAUACCCUUGUUUUCUUCACGGUUCUGUAAAACUGAAACUCUGAAACACCUCAGGGCUCGGUCAUAAAAUAUUUAUUUUGACAAGUAUAUACACGUAGUUAGACUGCACAACUAAAUAACACACACAUUUAAUAAAAAAAUUAAAGAGAAUUAAAUGUAUGCUGCGAGUAUCGAUAGCGAUAAAAAAAAGGCAUCUGUCAGCCGCACCUUGUUACAGCGCACAAGGUAUAGUAAUCUCUUAGGAAAUUUUGGCCGUCACGCCUUUUAUCCAUUAUCACAUUACGUCGCGUAAUACCGCUAUGCAAUGUACACCCGCUUUUCACCAUUUGUGUUAAGCCGGGUCCAGACGAGUGUAACGUGUAAUGUAAGAUUACGUGUAAUUUAGCAUCAACAGUGUGGACGGCACACGAACUCAAAGCGAAUUGUGAACGCGAAAAUAUUUCAAAAGCUGUUUCCACUCAGUUGCUACGAACAUGCCGAAUAGGAAGGUCGUGAUAGCUGGUGCGGCUUUUAUUUUCAUGUAUUUACUAACUGAAGACCGCAAAAGUCGGAAGCGUCGAUGGUGGAAAACUAAAGGUACGGUCAGACGUGCUCAUUACUAGCACGAAAGCAUGCUUUUAUUGAGCAAGUGCUCAUUAGUAGCACGUGUGUAAUGUAAUGAGCAUGCUUAUUUAGAGCUACCUGAGGCGCGGGUAGGAGGGGGCGUGCUCCGAGCACGUCUGAACAGGUUUGCUUAUUAGCAUGCUAUCUUUAUUAAGUUCUGUACGGAUAGCACUGUCGCUAUAUACUUCACGUGCACAGCACGUCUGACAGUACCUUAAUUUGUAUAAAGGUAUUGUCAGACGUGCUCAAUAAAAGCAUACUUAUAAGAUUGCUUAAAAUUAGCGUGCUCUGCAAACUGUUCACAUUUGCCAGCAAUACGCAUGCUUGUUUUUAGCAUACUCCUAAAUAGGCAUGCUCAAAGCAAACGUACGGACAGACGUGCUAUUUGGCACCAGGAUCUCGGCCAAAAUGGAUGUACAAGUAUAUAGCGACAGUGCUAUCCGUACAGAACUUAAUAAAGUAAUCAUAUUGCUUGCAACGGAACUGUGUAAGAACAUUUUGGUGAAAAAUAAAAAACCAAAAAGAAGGAGAAUUUGGGUUCGUUUCGUUUCGUUUGGCCGCAGAUCGAAACAGAAUCGAUGAUAGCAUGCUAAUAAGCAAACCUGUUCAGACGUGCUCGGAGCACGCCCCCCCCCCCUACCCGCGCCUCAGGUAGCAUGCUCGAAAAUCAAACGUUGUUUGAUUUUUGAGCACGCUCUAAAUAAGCAUGCUCAUUACAUUACACACGUGCUACUAAUGAGCACUUGCUCAAUAAAAGCAUGCUUUCGUGCUAGUAAUGAGCACGUCUGACCGUACCUUAAAGAAGAUCUUCUUUACUUGUGGAAGUAAAAUCUCAACAUUUUAGUGGUCAAUAUAAAAACUUUACCCGUACAUACGACACAACCGUCACGAACGCCGUCCAAACGAGCACUGCGAGCGUCUUUGUGUUCGCGCGAAAAACCGACAGCCGAUGGAUCAACCCCGAGCGCCGCGCGAGCGUUACAUGUAAUGCUCGUACUGCCGUCCACACGCAGAAUUCGUGUUACAUUACACGGUGGAUUACAUUACACGUUACACUCGUCUGGACCCGGCUUUAUAAGUUCCAUGUAAUAAGGGGUGAGCCUACUGCCAUAUAUUGGGCACAUUUUAAGACUCCGUGCUGCUGCUGAGAAAUUUUCAAUAAUUUUACGCCCUUAAAUAUAAAGUACCCCGUAUCACGUAUAAGGCAUUGGGUGACCCCCCCAACCCAAAAAGGCUUUGGCAAGUUUUUUUUCUUGGGUAUUAAUUUGUUUAGUCACAAAAUGUAUAUUAUUAUAAAAACCCCUACGCGGGAAUUAGAAAUGAAAAAAAUUACAACACAAUAUCGUCUUUAUUCACCACGUAAUAAGGUUGAUAUUAUUUCCUACCACGUAAAUAAAUGUGGGAACCUCCAAUUCUUUUUAAAAAAAAUCGCCAUUGCGACUAACGCAAAGGGUUUUAAGCCAGUCAUUUAUUUAUAAAAGUUAAUUUUGAAUGCAUAAUUUUAUUAUGUUGUUACUUGGGCGUAGAUAGAAUAUAAAUUAAUCAUUGAAUACUGAUAUGAUACUUUGUUUUUUUUUAUUAUUAUUGGGGGAUGAAAAGGGGUUAUAAGGUAAGCGUCCACAGGCCCGCAUCGCACGCAACGGAUUUUUGUGUGUCUUGUAUAGAAACUCAUACAACUGCGUCCACUGAUCCGCAUCAUCGGCAAUGACUACAUGCGAUGCGUACUGAUGACGUCAUACGGGAUGCGUGCGAUGCGUACGAUGCGGGCCUAUCGACCCUUACCUAUAAAGAGCAAUGCCCGCCUUUACCCUCGUCACUACAACGAAAGCUAAUGUUUAUUUGCUCGCCAGAUGGCCCUAAUGUGGCCCUAAAUAAUCGUCGCGCCUUUUAUCCCUGAAGAUGUAGGCAGAGGUGCACUUUAUGGCAUGCAAUGCAACUGUAUAAUGUACACCCACUUUUUACAAUUUGUGUUAUAAGUCCCAUGUAAUUGGGAGUGAGUAUAUUGCCAUAUACUGGGCAUAGUUCCAGACUACGUGAUACUACUGAGAAAUUUUCGAAAAACCGAAAAAAGCCCAGUAGUACUUUGCCCGACUCGAACCCGAGACCCCCUUGCAAGUCAGCCGCAGUUGCAACCAACCUAAUGAGGUGUGUUUGGAUUACCUAGCGGGUUUACCGGGGUUCUGGCUCGAAAAGCAGAAGCAGGAACGGGGUGGUUUUUAGUUAGUAAGAGUCUGACACUCUCUCUCACCUCGCCCAAGGCGGGAGAAGCCAUUGGAUGAUUUUUACCACUAAAAGAGGCUACACAUUUAACAGAGACCGAACUUUUUGAUAAACCUAAACUGAGAUGUCCCAGAGACUUCUCCCAGUCAUUGGAUAAAACAUGUCAAACCUUUGGACAAAUCAGUUACACUGAUUGGAUAUACCGAUUUGCUACAUUAGCGCCGUCUGGUGUGCAAAAACAGUAGUUCAUUGUGUACAAAUAACAUUUUUUAAUUAUAUUCCUUGCCGACCAAAAGUACUCCACUACAUAUUUUUUGUAAUGUAUGUUUUUUUUGUUAAUUUUCGUCUUUUUUUCGUGUAAGCUUUAGUCGUAUUGUAAAUUUGCGGUCUUAAAUUUUAUGUUUUUUGGAUGUUAAAUUAUUUUUGGUUCGUUACUCUGGUAUUUGGUUAAAAAUUUUAUUUUUUUACUUCCCUGUGCAUAAUUUUUUUGCGCACAAACGUCACUUCUGUAUCACAUUGUAACUGGGUGUUGCCACAAAUAUAUUUUCUACAGUGUAAUGAAUGAGACUAAAAUUUAAAUAUUUUCAUCAUUUUGUAAACCGACUGAAGGUGUCACACGAUUGAUAAUGAACUUCGAUUAUGUUCGAGAUCGCCUUAUACCUUUUAUUACUGUAUUUUCUAAUAAUCCGGCAUAAUAGUUUGGCAUUCAGUCAUACUGUGGUGUAACCAACUAACAAAAUAUUCCAAUAUAAAUGUAUAUUGUUACGUAUGUUUCAUAUGACAGUGUUACUAAAAUAUAAAUAUAAUUGUUGUA